AUGUCCUCCACACUACACUCUCUCUUCUCUCCCAUACAUUUCCUACUCGUAUUCUUGAUUGGCACGGUAAAUUGUCAAUUCAACGGAUGCCCUAACGGUCCCAAUGGUCCUGGUGGAUGUUCGAAUGGACCAAAUGGAAUGGGUGGCCCGGGUUCCAUGGGGCCUGGAGGUCCUGGGGGUUUCGGCGGGAUGGGACCAAUGGGCCCAGGGGGCAUGGGGCCGGGGGGUUUCGGAGGAAUGGGAGGCGGGCAGGGCAUGGGACCGAUGGGGCCAAUGGGCGGGAUGAAUGGAAUGGGACCCAUGGGUGGAAUGGGAGGAGGACCCAUGGGCUUUGGAUCUAAUUGCUGCCAGAACGGAGUAGGACCUUGCUGUUUGCCAAUGGUGGGACCUAUGGGAAUGGGCGGCGGAUAUGGUGGAGGCUUCGGUGGAAUGGGGCCGAUGGGUGGAAUGAAUGGGAUGAACGGCCCCAACGAUGGCGGAUAUAUGGGAGGACCAAAUGGAUUCGAUAACGGCCCUUACGGUGGGUUUGGAAACGGGAAGAAGAAGUAAGUGAUCCUACCAAAAGUUUUAAAAACUGUCGGCGUUCAGGCUGUUCGAGAAACUGUAA